CAACGCGCGCUCCCUGACCACCGAUAUAAAACUGAAGCGCCAGGUUCUCUUAAAGCUCUACGCGAGGCAGGCGGUAGGCACGUAUCACCCCCGAGGUCAUCCUUUAGAGUGCCAGACUAGGAGACAACAUGUACAGAACUACAAGGUCCCCAAUGAUGCAGCCGCUGGUCAACUCAGGAAUGGGCAUGGCUCCUUUCUUUAAGGUGACUGUGUUCGAGCAGGAGCACUUCCAGGGAAAGUACCUGGAGUUUACCUCUGAGUGCUGCAACAUCCAGGAGUGUGGAAUGGACAAUAUUCGCUCCAUCAGAGUGGAGAGUGGGGCCUGGGUGGGUUUCGAGCACCACGAUUUCCAGGGCCAGCAGUUCAUCCUGGAGAGAGGAGAGUAUCCCCACUGGGACGCCUACAGCGGCUCCCUGUCCUACCACGUGGAGCGCCUCAUGUCUCUGCGCCCCAUCUACUGCGCAUCCCACCAGAGCAGCCGCAUGACCAUCUAUGAGAGGGAGAACUUCAUGGGUCGCUGCGUGGAGGUCUGUGAUGACUACCCUUCUCUGCAGGCCAUGGGCUGGAUGAUGCCUGAGGUUGGCUCUAUGCACGUGCAGUGCGGCGCCUUUGUGUGCUACCAGUACCCUGGCUACAGGGGCCAGCAGUACAUCAUGGAGUGUGAGAGACACAGUGGAGACUACCAGCACUGGAGGAACUGGGGCUCUCACUGUCAGACCCCCCAGAUCCAGUCCAUCAGGCGUAUCCAGCACUGAGAGAGGCUGAAAACUGAAGCUAACCCCCCCCCAUCGGACAGCAGGUCCACCCCCACCCACACCCACCAGCCCCGCUCCUUCUACCCACAACCCCUUCCUGUCUUUCUUUCCCUCUCUCCCCCUUCCUCUCCUUCCUUUUGACUCGAGCCUCUGCAGCCGCCCCUAACAGACCCCCACCGAUUUACAGCUGCUCCUAUAGUGUGAUAAGAGACAAUAUCACACUGUUCAAGCACAGGGAAGCACACAUACACUUGAUGACAUAACUGACACGCACAGUGUAUUUUUAUUGGUUUGGAGGUCCCUGCACACGCUCACACACCUGUGCUGUCCUCUCACCUGAUCCCAGCUGGUGGAGCAAAGCAGGCGUUUUGUCCCCAGCUGCACACACUCUCCUCGGUGCAGCUCAGAUGUGCGGUGUUGUUGUGUAGGAGGUCGACCCACAGGUGGAUGAUUAAUAAACUCAUUUUCACUUCA